AUUUGAAUUAAAUAAUACUUACAUUUAACUAAUAUUAAUAAUAUGCAUUUAAAUUAUAUUUAAUCAUAUAUACUUACAUACGUAUUUAACUAAUUUACGUAAUUUUAACCUUAUAUUUUAAAAUUAAUAACAUAUGUAUUGCCAAUAUUAUAUUUAAUAAUAUACUUACAUAUGUAUUUAUUAACAAAUUUACAUAUUUAACUAAUUUACAAAAAAUACGUAAUUCAAAUUACAUACCUUAUCUGCAUAAACAGGAAAAAUGAUAUGAGAUGGGUAGAUUACAUCCUUCAAUUCUAUCUGGAAUUCUAUCUGGAGUACGUAGAUGGUGUGAUUUUGUUGAAUGAAGCAGAGGCUGCAUAUAUAAAUUUUGUAGUCACGGACUUAGUCACGGAUGUGUCCGUGACUACAUGUUUUUGUACGAAUUGUCGGUGCACUUUAAAUUUGGAACGUUGAAAAAAUCAAUUUUGCACUUGUCACGGAAUUAGUCACGGACAAAUCCGUGACUACUUUUUUUUUAACGGUUCCGUGACUAAACCGUGAUUAGAACCGUGACUAACUAGUCACGGACCAAAUCCGUGACUAACUAGUCACGGACCAAAUCCGUGACUACGGUUCGUGACUAAAGGCGAAUUUUUUUGUAGGGCACAUUCUCUUGCUUUAUUUGAUCCGUAUAUCUCCAGGUCUAAUCAUACAUGACAUGAUAUUUGAUUAUACUCAACUGGGUGUGUGGCCAAAUCAAUUUUUUGUAUGAUAUUUUGCAUCCUUGCUUGCACCUUUCAGUCUUGGGUCUAUACGUCAAAUAUUUAUGUCUUGGUGGCUUCAGGCAGGCACUAAGAGUAUAGUUGACUGUUUUAAGCAUAACUUACAAGGGAUUAUAGCCUGGCAUAUCUGGAAACUUUACUGUAAUCUGGUAUGGGGGGAGCUCAAUAAAGCGCCUUCUAUUGAAUUUAGUAUUCAUCAAAUCAGAUUAUUCUCAAAAGCCUGGUCUUCCAAUCUCAAUUCAGUUGGGGCGAUUUCUCUCACUGGUGUCUUAGAAGAAGAACACCUUAUACCUAAAUCAUUUCGGUUCCCUAAGCCCAAAAUUAAAACGGUAAAGUGGAAAUUACCUGGCACUGAUUUAAAGCUUAAUGUGGAUGCCUCCUCCUCAUCGGAUGGCUCGGUUGGUGGUGCGGUGAUGAGAACAAGAUCUGGUGACCUAAUUUUUGCACUUCAUUUCCCCAUUCGGUCAAGAUCUCCGCUGGACGCAGAGAUGGUUGCCUUUCAUUUUUUGAUCCGCUGGGCGAUUGAACAUGGAUUUACAGGUUUCGAAGCUGAGACAGAUUCACUGGGAGUCAUUAACUUUGUUUGUGGUGGUUGCAUGGAGAAAGCUCAAAGAUGAUUUUGGGAAUUGGUCGGAUGAACACGGUAUAAUCUUCAGACAUACGCUCAGGGAAGCCAACAGACCAGCUCAUAUUUUGUCUAAAUGCUUUGAAGGUGACCUGCGUGUUUAUUAUUUGAACAGUCAACUUCAUAUUUUGGUCAGAAGAGCUAUCUUAGCGGAUAAACUUGGCUUAGUCUUAUUUUAGAAUUUACUUCUGUAAUUGAUGUUGUUUCUUUAAUAAAAUUUGGUAGAUGUUCCCGUCAUGUGCCCCACUGAUUUUGGUGGUUGGCCUUCCGAGUUAAAAAUAACUUUUGUCAGUUCUUGAUGAUUCUUGUUCAAAAUUAUUCUAAAUUUAUCAAAUUAUC